AUGGAUAUAAAGUAUACACUAGCAGUGUUUAUGGUGAUAUAUGGGAUGUCGUGUUUAGUUGUGAAGAGUGAUGAAUUCCGAGAGGAAAGGUUUAUAUCAAAUGAAACUGACUAUUGCGUUUGUAAAUCUAGUUGCGAGGAAUAUUCUUUCAGCGCGGACGAAUAUGCAAAGUAUGAAACAAUUCUUGCUGAAGAGCUGAAAACAAACGGUUUGCUGAAAUUUGGAUGGGAAAUGGCUAAAUCCUAUAAAAGAUCGCACCAGUCAUUGUCACAGAAUGAAGUCCUGUCUGUCGUCACGUACACGCUACCCAAUGUAUACUACAUGUUUAACUUUCUCACUAGAACAAGAGGGAUUAAAAGCGACGCAUACCCUUAUAAAGGAAUGCACUUCUUUCUAAGUUCUGCUGUACGUAAGCUUGCGGUUAAGCUACCUCAAAGUACCUUUCGGUGUGAAAAAGCUCCGCAAGCUCAAGCCCUCGCCAUUGGAAACUACUUCAGUUUUCAGCAGUUUGCUUCUACGACAACGGAUUAUUUCAGGGCGCAAUCAUUUGGAGAGUUUUGUUUCCAUAUCAUUACUCUUAGAGGAGCGCCAAUAUCGUCGAUCUCUUCAUUCCCUGCUGAGAAAGAGAUCUUGAUACCAAGUUGUGAAACGUUCCAAGUGGUUCCACUGGAGGAAGGAUUCCGGUUCUACGCAAAACUAAAAUCAACCGGAAAGAGCGGAAAUGAAACUAGUAACGGACAGAAGGUUUCACUGAGUCUUUUACACGUAUUAUUAUUUCCGAUAUUCGUUAAUGUGUUGUUCUUGAUAUAA